ACCGUAAUUUACACCGCCCGAACGACCCUCCUACAUCAUCGCAUCCACCUAAACUACCCUAGCUAACUAGCUAACUUCCAACCCAGCUGGAACUGCUAGUUAAUAGCUUCAACGAUCCUCACCAUCAAUUGCAAUUAAUCAAUCUCUCUCUCUCUCUCUCACUGCACUGAAAAAAAAAGAUGGUAAAACCACUCACAUUCAAAGGCGACAAGCCCAAAAAGCGCAAACACCGCACCGACGACACCGAUCCCACUCAACGACGGAUCAAAUCCGACCCAUCAUCAUCAUCAGCCCUCACAACCACCACAGGCAGCGCAGGCCCCGCCGAGGACGAAAACGCCGAAGACACAAGUUGGGUUUCUGCAGACGUCCCGACGGAUAUUUCCGGACCCGUGAUCAUUGUCUUACCAUCGAGUAAACCGUCGUGUGUCGCGUGCGAUGCGAAUGGGAAGGUGUUUGUUUCUGAGUUGGAGAAUUUGAUCGAGGGUGAUCCUGCGACGGCGGAGCCGCAUGAUGUUAGGCAGGUUUGGGUCGCGACUAAAGUGGCGGGGAGUGAGGGGGUGAGUUUUAAGGGACAUCAUGGGAGAUAUCUCAGUUGUGAUAAAUACGGCAUCCUCAGCGCCACAUCAGCAGCCAUCUCACCGUUCGAAUCAUUCCGUAUCCUUCCUGCGCCCGACACACCGGGUCUAUUUUCCUUCCAGACCGUCGGUGGAGACUCUGAAACGUUCCUAUCCGUCAAGGAGGAUGAAGAAGGCACAAGCAGAAAAGGCUCCUCGUCAAAGGUCGAAGUCCGCGGAGACGCAAAGACGCUCGGUUUCGAGACGAGUUUUCGCGUCCGGAUGCAAGCGCGCUUUAAGCCGAGAGUGAAAGCGUCCAAGGAGAGCAAGGCGAGGGAGAAGAUUAGUCGACGAGAGCUGGAAGAGGCGGUCGGUAGAAGGUUAGAGGAUCAUGAGGUGAAGAGGUUGAAGAGGGCGAGGAGAGAGGGGAAUUUUCAUGAAGAGGUGCUGGAUGUUAGGGUAAGGGGGAAGCAUGAUAAGUUUGCUUCGUGAGAGGCUUUACGAGUUUCUCUCUUCUUAUGUUUGAAAGAGAUUGGAUCUUGGGCCAGUGCUACUUAGUCCCUGGGCGGAUGAGUUGCGAAGAGCCGCGGCUCUUUCGAAGACUGCGACAUGAGGCCAUUUCCUAUCUCUCAGGGAGCAUACACACACAUCGUUCGUGCUCUGUAUGCGGCAGUCGACUUUUCCAGGCGGGAAACAACACCAUCGUAUGCUGCUGUCUAAUGUGGAGCUGAAACCCACUACAAGCUAUGUGGCAGUGGUCGAUGGAAGACAAAUGCAAGAGCCAUGUAUAAUCCCUGCAGGCACUAUAGUUUCGAGACCUGGUAGACUACAACGUCUGUACUACCAUGGGAUAGAACACGUCGCGGAUGCCUACUAUACAUCGAGUUGAGCCGGAAAAUGUCAGCGAGCAGGCAAUGAUAGAAGGCCAUGCUCGCCCUUUACUGGGAGCAUAAUUCAAGAGACAUUCCCCGAAUGACGGCCAAGUCACG